UUACACACAUUUCAAAGAGAUGACAACUCGCUUCCCAACCACCGCAUCACCUACCGAAGCUGGCAAUCGCUUGAGUCUCGACCUGUGUCUUGAACUCUUGAAGCCUCGAAUGUUAACCAUUCUACAAGAUCGUAUUUUCGGUGCGCUGGCUCUACUUGGAGGACUUGUGGAGAGAAAGCUUCCAGUCGACUACCGACUUCCCAAUAGUGCACUCCAGGCCAUUUUGUCAUUUCUUAGGAUUUGCGUUGGAGCUACAACGCCCUUCUUACACUGCGAAGUGCCCGUGAACCAAACAUCAGAUAUCUAAGGGUCCAUCCUGGAUCCCUACUGGAGUAGGGAGGAUUUUCCAGGAUGGCCAGGGCCAUCCAAUGGAGGUAGCUUGGCAGGAGCGGGCG